CAUGAUUCGGACUAAGUGUCGGAUAAUUUCAAGAACCAACCAAACCGAAAUUCAUAAUGAAGUUUGCUAUAAUUUUUGCUAUGACUUUAGUGGCCUUUGCCCAGUCCUCAUACGCUGCAGCCGUGCCUGUUGAUGAAAACGUAGGUUCGGAUGUCAAGACCCCUGUAGACAAAAACGUUGCAGCAGAGGAUGCAGUACAGGAUGUCGCCGAUCAUGACAUUGAUGAAAGUAACCAGCCUGAGGAGAAUGCAGAUUCUGAUGACGAAGACGAUCAACCCGAUUCUACCGAUGAUGACCAGUCUAACCCGGGAGUACAAUCUGAGGAGGAUUCAGCACAGGAAGAAAACGAUAAACCUGUAGUAGACAGGAAAUCAGUUGUUGAGAACUACUCCAAGUCCCGUCAGGAAGUAAACGGCAAAGUAGUUGACGAGCACAGCGGAGGCCAAAGAAUAGAAGAUGACAAUGGCAAAAUCAAAGUCACCAAAUUGUAAGAGACACCUUAGAACAUGAAGUCGAGCCGAGGAUUGUAAUAAUGAAAUCACUUUAACUAGAAAAAAGAUGUAGCACCUGGAUACUAAAGCGUUUGGACGUGCUACUAGUGGACUCAUCGACAUCAUCAACAGCCUACGCUCGUUCAUUGCUAGAAAAAGGCCUCUCCUAUGACACGCCACUGAACUCGGUCCUUCAAUUUUCUCCUCCAGUCGCUGCCAGCCACAUUACAGACGUCACUCCAUCUAGUCCAAGGGCGCGUGUACCCGUACCCAGUAAAUAUAGUAGAUUAAAUAAAGCAGAAUAGUCUCGAUUACCACUUAUUGAUGUAAGUUCGUAGUCGUUACAUGAGUCAUGUCAGAGGCUUUAGGCGGCUCAAUAAUAACCCUGACACCAAGGAAGAUGAGGAUGGUAAUCCAGCUCAUAACCCACAUGAUAGAAGAAAUAGACCCAGUGGACCCAUGGUAGACCUUUUUAACUGAAGGAAGGGACACGGUACAAGUUACCUAAAAGAAAUCAUACCUCACUAACUUACCUUAGUAUGCUAAAUGUGCGUGUGCGUCUAUAUUCAUUUUCAAUGCAGCCUUAGUGCAUCUAGAUUCAAGUGACUUCGUUCUAUGCAAUUCCCAAUUUCCUGCUAAUGUAUAAAGUACAUUGCAUACAAAUAAUAAUGUUAUCGAGAUUAAAAAAUAUUAAAUUAGAAUACACAUUGUUACUCACACAAUCAACGUUGAUAAGAAAUACAGUAGUAGUAAAUACAGCAACAAAAA